ACCAACAGGACAAAAUUUAUAAACAAGCUACCACGUCGAGCCAUCGUUGUGUCUCAUUUACAAACGGGAGAGUGCAGACGUGGUACAACGACACGGGCGGCGGCGCUGGGGCGGGGGAGGAGGUAAAGGGAACCUAUCCAUGGCAGGUGCCACCGACAAGAUGAGGGCAAAGGUGUUCUUUCCUGUCUUACUUCUCCUACACGUGAAUAACAUCUCUUUAAGCCAUGCGGCCUUUGUGCGGAGAUUUUCAAUUUUGAAUGCCAGCCCCCGGGUCAUGGCCGUAGCACCUCGACAUGCCGCCUCUGUGCCGUCCUACCGCGUAAUCCGCCGUGCUCCCAUGCACAGGAAUGAAAGUUUAGCGCGAGACGUAACGAUAACCGUAAGCCUUGCGGAUGGUAGAAAUUUCACCUUUCAGGAUGCCUGUCCACCCACCAACCACUCUCUGUUGCAUGCCGAGAUAGACCCUGAGAUCCUUUCCAUUCGAGACCCCGUGUUCGGUACUCGGUUUGACAUGCGCACGGGCAACCUUCGCGGGAUGUGGUGUCCUCAAAGGUGGUGGGCACGCAACCUUUUUGAGCCUGCGGGGCUCGUCUUGCUGUCG